UAUUCGAUCCCAUGAUCCGAUUGUACAGCAGCUACAACAUACUGUUAAGAGAUGUGGGGAUGCCAUGAUUUCGAUUUUUCGUCGUCCGUAAAAAAGGGAAGUAGACAAAUAGGAGUAGAAAUGCAUCCCUUUUUGUGACAAAACACCGUUAGUUUUACAUGUUUUAAGACAAUACUUAUCAAUUAACCUGACAUCACAUGAGUACGUCUGGAAGAUACGCGAUUCAGGAUGCAAAUUCGUCGUGUGUGAUGUAAUACAGUUGUUUUUUUUUGUUUCGUUUGCAGAAAUUUGAUGUAGGAAAAAUACAAGAUGGUUUGUCGUGAGAGAGGAAUUGCCUUUAGUUGGGUGUACUUCCUUGCUGUGUUCGUUCUUCAUAACAUUGGAGCAAGCUUUGCAGGCAACAGCAGUAACAGUCAACAUUUACUUCCAGUUAGAGCAACCAACCUAACCUGCACGUCCAAUAAUUUCCGGAACCCCUACUGCUGUUGGGUGAGCGGAGACAACGUAAAUGCCACUGAGCUUUUACAACAUAGGUACAGGAACAGUGAGGGCCACAAAUGGAAGACCGGGAAUGAAACCAGUCGUUGUGAAGGAACCAUAUGCUGCACUCAUGAUCCAGAAAGAUCCAGCUUGUAUUAUUAUCAAGUCAACACUACAAACUCCUAUGGCUCUGUCGCCUCAGACAGCUUGAGGUUUGGUCCUAAAACGGGAACUGUACUUGGUCCACCUUACGAUGUCAGGAUAAGGAAUAAGAGCCAAUCUGUGCUUGAAAUAACGUGGCAUAUCCCACCAGGAGAUUCCACAGGCCACUAUUUUGCAACAAAAUUGAGGUACAAAAUCCAGUACAAAUGGGAAGGUAAAAACCAAACAUGGAAAGACGUAGAGGAAGUAAAAGUUUCAUCGGGACUAUAUGGAACAUACUCUCUUGUGGCUCUGACAGAACCAUAUGGUCUGUAUUAUGUGAGAAUGAAAGCAUUCACCAGGUACGGGGAUAAAUAUCAGAGUCAAUAUUCAGAGGAAGCCAAAAAUCGCACAUCAGAAAUAGCCCCGAAGGUCCCGCCAAGUGAUUUCCACUGCAAGGCAGACCCCAGCAGUGAUGGAGAAACGAGGGUGGUCACUCUAACAUGGGAGCUCCAGAAUGAUACGUUCAAAUCCAACGGAGAAAUACUUGGUUUUAAUAUCAUUGUCAAACAAGCUAAUAAAAGUAAGCAGUACUCAGUGGAACCGAACAAGACAUCGCACAUAAUUCCUGAUCUUGAUCCUUCGGCACAUUAUAAACUCAGCAUACAGACUGUCAACUCAAUGGGAGCAUCCCCACAAGAAGACUGUAGCAUUGAUCCAUUGCCAGCGGCUCCAGUCGGCUUGAUUCCAGUCCUCAUUGCUUGUGGCUUAACUAUCGGCUUGAUCAUCUCAUUGGUUUGCAUAUACCAAAGGAUUAAGAAGUCCAUGACUAGGUUUCCAGACAUUCAAAUUCGCUCACAACUAACUACUGACAAUUUGUACUCCGCAAACACAACAAACAGAGAAACAGAAAUCUUUGAUGACUUGAUUCCACAUCGAUUGUUCGUCAAUUUGGUUCCGGAGGACGGAGUGAUGACCAACGGAUUUGACAUCGGCGACAAACCAAGAAAGAUCCAAGUGUCCGGAGAUACAAUCAAAAUGCACACCUUUGAAAGUCAGCCUCUACUGCCAGGAUUCAGGGACAAGCGGUCAAGGAGCGAAGAGUUUUGUUUUGAUGAGUACGGCGGUGGUGGUCUGGCAAGUAGCCCUGUCUCUGUAGGUAGCGGUGGAAGCUACUUGCCUGUCAGGAAUGAUGACAUGGCCUACCAAACAAUGACCAAAGAUGGGUUGUCACCAGUGGAAAAGGAAGACCCAAAAGGUGCUACAGGAGGAGGCUUUCAUGGCUUUCAGGAGCUGCACCCACGCCCCGAGGAUGACGGUUGUGAAGAAGGCGCUUCAAUGGAUGCAUACACACGAAUGGCUGCUUUACUACCUACUCACGGGGCAGGGGGUAAGCAGAGGGGUACACCUACCAAGUUUGGUGGGAAGAGACAUCCAAAAGAAAGCGCCCCGGUCAGUGAAGACAAUGCUGCAUACACCAGUGAUGGUAGCGUAGCCAACUACACCCAGCAAGGCUUUGCCGCACGGUCAGCUUCUCAAGAUGAUUUAGAUGCCCCUUAUGUACUGGGAACGAAUCCAACAGAAUCCUACAGCCAGGUUGGACUGCGGGACAGAGCAAAUCACCCGUCUCCGCUCAAUCAUCGAUUUCAAAAUCAGGCGACGGGAGGCUUAGGACCUCAUGAUGAGUAUCUGAGGAUGGGAAUUAACCCAUCAGAUCAGCAUCAAGCCGAGAAUGAGGACAGUGAUUUUGAGGAUUCCCCGUUUAUCUUAAAUGAUGAUAUUCUGCAAAAUAUUCCUCGACCAGAUUUGCUACAGAUCAGUCCCAACUUGAACCACACUGCUUCACCAUUAAUGGCACUGUCGCCCAGAGACACUACCACUGGCCUCGAUGCUUUACUUAUACCUAGUUCUAUGAGAACGGCAUCGCCGAACGACGAUGUCCCCUUACGUUAUGUAACUGUCCAAAGCGAUUCGGAAAGUCUUGACCAGGAAGAUGCUGAGACGGAGCAAGACGGGGACGGGUAUGUGACCCAAGGACUGAUACCCGAAGGGGAUGGGUAUGUGACCCAAGGAAGGAUACCCGAAGGGGAUCAUGUGGCCCAAGGAAGGAUACCCGAAGGGGACGGGUAUGUAACCCAAGGAAUGAUACCCGAAGGGGAUCAUGUGGUCCAAGGAAGGAUACCCGAAGGGGACGGGUAUGUGACCCAAGGAAUGAUACCCGAAGGAAGGAUACCCGAAGGGAAUGGGUAUGUUACCCAAGGAAUGAUACCCGAAGGGAAUGGGCUUGUGACCCAAGGAAUGAUACCCGAAGAGAAUGGGUAUGUGACCCAAGGAGUGAUACCCGAAGGGAAUGGGCUGGUGACCCAAGGAAUGAUACCCGAAGGGAAUGGGUAUGUGACCCAAGGAAUGAUACCCGAAGGGAAUGGGUAUGUGACCCAAGGAAUGAUACCCGAAGGGAAUGGGUAUGUGACCCAAGGAGUGAUGACCGAAGGGAAUGGGUAUGUGACCCAAGGAAUGAUACCUGAAAUUCAAAACCCACGGACUGACAAUAGAAAUGCUUUGACUGCUACACCUAAUCUUCAUUCUGACUAUGUUGAUCAAGAGCAACUUAAUAGCUUUCCCACGCCACAAGCAGAAGCGAUCCCCGUCGCAAACAACCACCCUCAACAUGCCCCGAGUCCUAACGAUUACGUCACCCCAGAACAGGUGUUUGAUAUUGUAUCGUCGCCCGGUCCAGCGUCGAACGCCCCUGACGAGACCUCCACGAAUAGUAACAACAACUGUGAAGGAAGCAGCGACGGCGAACAAUCAGAUGAUGACACCAAUGACGCUAGCGAAUUUAUGAUCCAAGGAAAUGACAAUACAACCCAGAACCGACCCACUGAUGACCGGGUCGUUGCUAACUCAACCCAUCCGACUAGUGUCCUCCCCAAUCAGAUCCCUUUCCUUUCUCCUCUUAGUCAACCCCUAAAUGUCACCAAUGGUGAUUUCAGCUUAAACGGGGGUGACUUGACUCAUGGGCUUGAUCUUGAGCUGACAGGCGGGGAAGAGGUUGAUGCAACCCAUGUUGAUCAACAGAGUGGCAAACAGGGUGAUGCAAAGGGUGAGAGACAGGACCCCGAUGGUGGCUACGUUACCCAUGAUGAAAUGCAGAACAUUGCCAGGGUAGCAAGUCCAACUUCAUAAAGCAGGUAUCAAAGUACAUCAAAGCUGGUCUUAAACAUUAUUGUUGAAUAUAUAUUUAAAAGUUUAUGGUGCUUAAACCCAAAGUAUUUUCACAUACUUGUUUUUUGGAAGAAGCAAAUUUAUACCCACAUGUGCCGAUAUUAUUCAUGCAGUUAAUAUAUGUAUUUCAAAUAAAUACACAAGCUUAUUUUUAUGAUGAAUUUAAGGCUUUUAAAGAUAUUUAGUUCUUUACCAAGUCAGAUUUUUUGGCUGAUUUGACUCUAAAGGUUAGAUUUACACGUAAAUUUGUAAUGCUUAUUUUGUCAUGUUUGUAAUGCUUAUUUUUUAUCAAUCAAUGGGGGUGCCACUCAGAAACCAUGAAACUGUUAAAUGCCGUAUACCCUGUGAUCACACAAUAAGUUUACGAUACAACCUUGACAACAGCAGCCAGGGGUCACCUUUAAGGGAAUGCAACUUUCUAUUUCAGACAUCAAAUAAAAACAAACGGGGACACUGACUGGGUAAUUUUAAAAAUAAUUUGGGGGUUGAACAAAGACAAAUUUGAACUAACGACCUCGCCUGCCAUUAAUCUGGAGGUCGAUGGUUCAAAUCAAGCUGAAGUUAUUUUUCUUUGUUCCACCCAAAGGAAUUUUAGAGGGGUGUUUUUUCUUUCAUUACUCUCUUCUCUCGCAACAUUAUUCUCUUGCAAAUUUUCACAGACUUGUUAUUUUAUGCAUUUUGUGCUUAGCAGCUCUAUGAAUUUUGGCCCUGGGCUUUUGCUGAUGUGCCCUCUGCAAAGUCACAGAAGAAGCCUCUUCAAGAACAAAAUUCAAAGCCUGAUAAUGUUAGAAUGUUUAUUAUUUUUUCCCAUAAAUUUACACAAUUAAGUUUUUUCCUAAUCUUGUCCCAAAAGGUGUUCUUUGUUACUUUAACUUAAUGAUAUUAUAUCAUGGCAAUAUAGGACACAAAUUUCAAACACAGAUAUCGUGGUUUGAAAUAUUUUGCAGUUAUUUAGGCUCAAUACCUCUCUUUGUAAAAUCUUUUCACAACAUUUGAAAAUAUCUCCUAUUGCAAUGUUACUAGUUAAUAGAAUGUACAUGUAUAUAGUGCUAAACACACAUUAAUCAGUGUAUGGAUAAAAACAAAUAGUAAUCUCCAACUCAUGCAAAGUUAUUAUACAUCUGAAAUGUUACCAUUAAAAAGCGUCAAAUGUAAAACAAUAA